UUAAAAUCACCUUAACAUAAUUUUGGGUAUAAAGAAGUAACUUUAAUUCAGUUUUUAAUUAAGCCCCAUUUUGAACUUUACCCAUGCACUGUUAAUCAAAGCAUGUGGUUCCAACAUUAAAGAAGGUGCAAAUAUUUCCCUGUAUACAGUAGUUCUUGACAAUCUACAAAUGUAGGCAUCUGAAAAUUCAAAAUGAUUUCAGAAUAUUAUAUAAAUGAAAAGAAUCUAAGCUAAAAUUCAUAAUGUUAUAUUCUUUCUUGUUUUCACAGAAGAGGACACCAGAGACAGUGAACAUGGUAAAUACAUGAACGACAAACAGAUUAUAAACCUGAUCAAUGAAGACAGGACAAACCAGGAGUUCUUCUACCGGCCGCCAAUCAACAUCCUGACCCUCGCCUUCACCAAUGCGGAGAUGGAGACAGACUACCGUGACCACUACCUGGAGGAUACCAAAAACCAGAACACCGUGUCCUCCCCCCGCUACCAGGCCCUGCUGGAGAUCAUCAUCUCCUUCGUUGUCUUCUGCAUCACGUCUGUCUGCUGCUUCCUGAUCUUCGAGAGACAGUUGCCAUGGAUUCUGGUCUUUAUUAUCUCGCUAAUUUUGGAGGUUCUCUGUAUGAUUCAGGCCUUCACUGAUGUUAAAUACAGAGAGAGGAAGGUGGACUCCUGCCCCAGCUGUUCGCAUUUGAUGUCGGGAUGGUACUUUAGGAACCUGAUGGGUGCCAUGGUGACCAGUAUUCCAGUGGUAGCCGUCUACUCUAACCUGUCGUGUGAGAUCGCUAUGAACAAGCUUUCCCAGGACUAUUUCUUCUGUUACUGCAUUGUGAUGGCUCUAUUGCACUACUGUAACUUUACCAUGAUCAGUUCCUGGAUCAAAUCAAUUGUGGCCUCAUUAGCAGGGGUUGUUAUCCUGGUUUUGUUGUACGUCCAGUUGUGUAUGUUUGAAACUGCACCUGAAAACAAUCCUUUAACCAAUGGAAGUUUCGGCUAUUCCAACACCACUGAUAUUACCAUCACCAAGUUUGUAACCGUCAUGGAUACAGGUGCUACCGUUUUACCACCACUAUUUUCUGGUGACCACCCCUUGAAAUUUGAGAUCAUUUUGGACAUUGUCCUGUUACUGGUUCUAAUUUUCUUCCUGAACAGAGAAUUUGAAAUCAGCUAUAGGUUGUCUUACCAUGGAGACAAGCAGGCUUCAGCCAAUAAACAGCAGAUGCAACUGAACAAGGAGCAAGCUGAUUGGCUGCUGCACAACAUUAUUCCAAAGCAUGUCUCUGAACAGUUAAAAGGAGAGAAUUGUCAGUACUCCAAGAACCAUAAAGAUGUUGGAGUGAUUUUUGCUGCAAUUGUGAAUUUUAAUGAGUUUUAUGAUGAGUCUUAUGAAGGAGGGAGGGAGUAUUUGAGAGUGCUAAAUGAACUUGUGAGUGACUAUGAAGAUUUGCUCAAUCAACAUAGAUUCAAGGAUGUAGAAAAAAUAAAGACUAUCACCAGUACCUUCAUGGCCGCCUCUGGUCUCAACACACAAUCCAGGAUGGCCAACAAGCAUCCGUCUGCCCAUCUCUUUGCACUGAUGGAGUUCUCCAUAGAGAUGCAGGAAGUUGUGAAGAGAUUCAAUGAGAGCUUGUUUAAUUUUGACUUCAUACUUAACAUAGGGUACAAUCAUGGUGAAGUGACAGCUGGCGUUAUAGGAACCACCAAACUGUUGUACGACAUUUGGGGCGACACGGUCAACAUCUCUAGUCGUAUGUACUCCACAGGGGUCAAAGACAGGAUCCAGGUUCCCGAGGCAUCCCUCCAACUCCUGGAAGAAAUGUUCGAAUUUGAGUACAGAGGAACUAUCCAGGUGAAGGGAAAAGGUGACAUGAAGACAUACCUUCUGAAGGGCAAAAAAGAAGGGGCCUAUUGGGAGUAAAAAGGAGGCAGUAAAGAUUAUGGCAUUUGCAUUUAUCUAUAGGGUUUUAGUAGUUCCGUUGCUUGAUGUACUUCUAAUUGGUUUUUAAAUGAAACUGUACAGAUUUUUAGCUGGUCUGUAGAAUUGAGCAGUUCAACUGAACUCAAUGGAAAUGUUACCUUUUUAGAAGUAAAUGAACAACAUAUUUAUAGUGAUAGUGUUUGAUAUUGAAAGAAUUUCCAGAAUUUGUCAUUUUCACAAAAAUGUGACAGAUUUUUCUACGGGUAGUUAGUGGGUUGAUCUCCAUUAACAAGUUUAUGAAUCUAUUUAAAAAACCUACAACUUGAUGCUGUUGUCAGGAAUAUUCUCAGAUACUUUUCAACUAAACUUAGACCAAAGUUCAUUGAAAUAGCAAACAAUUCUUUCUACAUUUUUUACCUGAAUCAACUUAUGGAAAAUUUUGAUAUUGUGAUAUGAAUUCUCCAUUUUUGUCAGUUGAUUCCAUUAUAAAUGUCAUUGUGCAUCCCAUGGCUGUAAAAUGUAGAGAAGCUGCAGAAUGGUUAGUAUGCUGCUUUAUAUCUAUAUAUUAAUUGAUGCUGCAACAGUUCAACUUUUUGAUAUUCAAACAAAACCUACAUGUUGUGUGUGUAAAGUGGAAGGUGGGGGAUUUCUAUCCCUGAUCCAGUGUUGUUUGUCAUGUGACUAAACAGUUGUAUUUCUGGUCACCCUACAAAGUAAUGCUGAAUUUCUAGUGAUAUUUUAUCAUCUGUUGUGUGUGUGUGUGUUGAAUCAAGAUUUUGUACACCUAUAAAUAAGACACUUAUGUAAUGAAUAUAUUAGAAAUGUAGAUCAGUGUUUGUGACUAUUGUGUAGGGAGACUAACAAUUUCUGUAUAUUACAUGGUGUAUUGUAUUUAGUCUGUUUGUCUGUUGGUUUAGUGUAUUCUACUAACACUGGAGAGAACCCUUGUAACCCUGUUGUUUUACCACAAACUGAUCAAAGAACAAACCCCUAAAAUAGUAGAUACUAUUAUAUCAAAACUUUGUGUCAGUGUGUCAAGCUGCUGUAAGUUAUGUAUUUUGGGUAUAUUUUGUGUACUGUAGGGGAUCUUUGGAGCUGUAACAUGUUAAGUAAAGCCAUGAUGUACAUAUUGUCAAACUUCAAAUUGUUUCAUUCACCGGUUUCACCAUUUGGUCAAACCUAGUAUUUCAAAAAUACCCACUGUUGAACAAAUUUCACAAAAUAAGUUAAUUCAUGAUAAUAAUUCGGACACUCCUUUUAUUUUCUCUGUGUUUGAGCACCCAAACUGUCUUUUAUCCUAAAUCCAUAGUUUGCUGUGUGUUUUAUCCAAUAUUUCUUUUAUAUAAACAGGUUACUUGGGGCCACCAUUUUGAAUUAUUAUAAUUCUUUAUUUCUUGUAAAUAUCUUGAUAUUUAUAACUUUAGAAUUUCUCUAACUCAUUUUAGUUAUAUAUAUAUUUUUACAAUAGAAUUCAGAGGUCAUCCAUAUUUUGUGGCUGCAACUGCUUUGUUAAUAUGAGUAUUUUUCUACAAGAACAGACUCUCAUCUUUAUUGCAGACAACCUGCUCCAUAUUCACAGCUUUAUCAAAUUUCAAAUUACCUGGUAGCUUUUAUACAUAACACAACACCAAUUUAUUUCAUUUGAAAAGAUGUUGGGACUUUUACUUUAAAAUUACUUACUGAGAAAGUUCAUUUUCCGAGUAUUUAAUUCACAUAGCAAUGAAUUUAAGUACUAAUCAGAUUAAACUAUAUUUUAUUAAUACAAUUAAUUAAUUAAGACGUCUAAGUUUCUAAAAUAAGAGAGAAUCUAACGGAAUUGUUAAGUAAAAGUAUAGUAAGAUUGACAUGUUUAAUUUACUUUCACUUACCAAAUAAAAGUAACACAAAACAUAAAAAUGGCCAAGCAUAAUUAAAUUAGUUUGGAUCCAUAAGGACCUCAUUUUAACAAUAACCCAGAAAAAAGUUUUCUGUUAAUGCUCGCUGUUGUAUUUCAACUGUUGUCUACAUAUUAGUACCUUGUUAACUGAGAACAAACCACCCACAUACCAGUUCUAUAAUCUGUAGAUACUUACUGCAUGCUCUUACCAUUCUAGUCACUCUGUGUCGAUAUUAAAAGUAGCCAGGAACUUGUAUGUACAAUUCAUAUAAAUAUAUAAUAGGGUAAAACCUUUUUUCUUCCAUUAUUUAUGGCUUAUUUUUGUGUUUCAGUUGUUUGUGGGAUAGAGUAUUGUGUUGAUGCAUUAACUUUAAAAACAAUUUGAAGCAUAUAUGAAAAUUCAAUAGAUUUGAUGUUAACCCUUGAUGGUUACAUAUUUAUUAGCUUAAGAAAGGUUAAACAGCAAUAUCUAUUUAACCAACUGAUGUAAAGUUUUGAAAUGAAAGUAGUACCUUAAAGAUAUGAUAUUUUCAUUAAAGCCAUAGGAUGAUUUUAAAACUUAUUACUAGAUGGAUAGAAAAGCAUUAUUUUUUCUAUAUAAGGGUUGAUAUAUAUAUUGCACACGUUUGAAGUGACUUCACAUUUUAAUUAGUAGUUUUUAUAUUGUUAUGCUUCUGAUAGGCUUUAGAAUAAACUCUAAAAUUUUCAA